AUGUUAUCGCCCUCCGAAUUUCCCAACUGGCAAUUAUCCCAGCCCUAUGACCUUUCUGUGUUCUCUGAACCGCCAUCGUGGGUCGUUGUUUUCCUUUGUAAAACGGACGAUGAAAAUUAUGAGAGAAUAUUAAAACGGCUCUGCACUCUGGACAAAACAUGGGACGAUGUUCCGCCUGGUCAAAUGAGACGCCUGUUGCCAAUGCCAUGGAUUCGCGACUUCUCACCCCCGAUAUCGGUCAUUUUUCAAAUUUUCGAAGAAACAGGCUACUCGGACGGAUUGGUCUUCAUCGACGAGCAAUCCUUGCAAGAUGACACCGCAGUUAUACUGAACGGAUACUACGGCCCGGAACGCGUUGAAGCUGCCCGUGUACGUAUGGACCGAGCCAAUCUGGCUCUCGCUGCAUCUCAGGAGCGGUCGCUCGCGGCAGUGAUGCCAAAUUUCGACGAGGUUAAGAUUAUCCCCGAGCGCAAGUCCCAGGACCAUUUAGGUGGUCAGUAUGAGAUGGUAUAUCGCCUUCCUCCGCACCUUCCGGCCGACUUCGAGCCGAAGCGAUCCACAUUGACUUUGAUUUCCCUGGUUCAUCUGUCGGAAACUGAAGCGAGCGCGAUUCUGUCCCAACCCUGGACGAACGAGCAAAUUGAGAACGUGGAGAUACUCAACUGGCCGGAUGACCAAAGCCCGUGCUCUCGUGCUGAGAUGUACCGCAUCUUUCAAGCUGUCAAGACUCCCGGCUCUCCCAAUAUUGAUCAAGCCUUUGCGAUGUUUAUCGAUACCUCCGAGGAACGUGAACAUAGCAUCAUCUUCGCAAAAGAAUGGCAAAAGGAAGGCGAGCGAGGAGACAACACCGUCCAAUUGUCUGCUGUGAAAGACCUCAGCGACGCCGUAGGAAUCUGGCAUUUGAUCUGGAAUCCGUCGCUCAACCACUCACGGGGUGGUGUUGUUAGGUGCAACGACUUCAGGGUCAACCCUAGUCUGUUCUACUCACACAAGUUAGACGACGGGUUUGAGAAUAUUAACAACCCGGAUGAGAUUGUCGUAUCCAACGAUGCCUGUUUGGUCUUUGUGCUGGAGAAGAUGGGAGAUAGAGACGUGAGGACCACGUGUGAUGAAGUCCUUUCGGAAAUCGAGGAGACCGUACGGUUUGUCGACGUUUCGCAUGUCAUCAAAACCCCUGACAUUGAAGGCUUGGUGGCCUUUUUCGAGUCGCCUGAAUUCAUUCAGUCGGGCCAGGAAAUUCCCCGAUACUUCUUCGCAGUGGACCGUCUUUCGCUAGAGGCGGCUAGAGGAGAUGAAGAGGAAGCUGCUUGUAUCAUCAUUGCGGGAAGGAAAGACCUGGGUAUGCUGGUAGCGAAGCCAGACGAGGAACGCCUUCGAGACGGAGACGAACCAUAUGGUCAUCAGUGCCUAGGUUAUGAUUAUGCCCGACUCAAUGCUUGUGGCGCCGCCGAGGCAUGGACGGGUUUGGACGUCAUGACUAUGGAAUCCUACGAAAUAUCCGAGGAGGUCAAAACCGCCUUCUUUGGCACUGUUUCGACAUGGGCAGAGGACAAGCAGGUCUGGCUCAAAGACCGUGGACAGCAGUUUUACCCAGCAUACCAUCCCGAGGAUUGUACGGAGGAGCCGAUGGUGGCCUGA